CCUCCAGGAGGGGUAACCUCCUCGUCGGUGUUUCCUCUUUGGUUGGACUUUAACUCUGAAUGCUCCUGCUGGUCUCUGCAGAGCUACUAGCCACAGAGCACUUUGACAAUCUGAGGUUAUGGCAGACAUAAGCGAAACGGAGAAAGUUCAGCUGCACGCCCCGGCCCUGGAAGAGCUGCGUGGAGUGUUGCAGGCUGGGCUGGAAACGAAUUUUGCAGAAGUUCAAGUGAGUGUUGUGGAGUGUCCAGAUCUCACCAAGGAACCCUUCCUUUUCCCUGUCAAAGGUCUUUGUGGCAAUCCUCGUAUUACUGAUGUUGGAGGUGUGCCAUAUCUGAUUCCUUUGCCUCAAAAACACAAGGAAUACAACAUGAACAUCAUAUCCAAGGAGCUGGAGUUGCCUGGAGCAUUUAUCCUUGGAGCAGCAGCCGCCCCUUCCAGAAUUAUCGGGAUGAACGCUGAGCUCAUGCCUCUAGUUCUCACUGAGGCAGAGGGAAGACCAGCGGUCAAUGGGAGCUACUUUUCCUCCAUCAAUCCAGCCGAUGGCCAGUGUCUGCAAGAAAAGUACAGUGACAAAUUUUCUGACUGCAACUUCGGACUUCUGGGGAAUCUGUAUGCCUGCGAGGGGAAGCCCGGGAAGGUCAUAGAGGUGCGAGCCAAAAAGAGGACCGGAAGCAACAGUCUGGUGACAGCGCUGAGGAAGACUCUGGAGGCUCAGUAUCCAGAUAAGAGCCUGGCUCUGGGAGGCACCUUCGUCAUCCAGAAGGGGAAGGCUAAAAUCCACAUUAUGCCAAGAGAGUUCUCAGCCUGCCCUCUCAACACCAACGACGACGUCAACGACUGGUUGAAGCACUUUGAGGUCAGCGCCCCCCUCGUCUGCCAGUCUGUGCUCGUAUCCAGAGACCCGGGCUUGGACCUCCGUGUGGAGCACACCCACGGGUUCAGCCACCACGGAGAGGGCGGUCACUACUACAUUGACACCACGCCCGACAUCGUAGAGUACCUGGGAUAUUUCCUGCCUGCAGAGUUCGUCUAUCGCAUCGACAGACCCAAAGAUACGCACGCUGUUGGGCGAGACUGAAAAAAA